AUGGAAAAUUCCGAGACAGGAAAAACCCCGGACCCCGACCCCGCCAUGGAGCUAUUCACACUGCUCCGGGCCUCUACACCCGGCACCGGCGCUCGCCUCGGCCGCCUCUCCCUCCCCGGCCGCAAUCCUGUCGAGACCCCAAACUUCUUCUCCGGGACCUCUCGCGGUGUCGUGCCCCACGUGACCCCGGACAACCUCUGUCGCCAUCCCGACUUGGUUCGCGGCGCCUACAUGGCCUUUGAGGACUUCAUAGAACGAAACCAAAAGGACCCCACCCGCAUCGCGCCACUGCUGCAGACGGCCGGCAAGAUGAAGACGGCUCGGCCUCCGCUGCACGCCUUCACUGCCCUGCCGGAUCCCAUCCCCACAGUGCUUGGCGCCCGUCGAAUGCCCCCUGUCGCUUGCAGCCUCGGGAACAUGGCCGACGCGGUGUCUGUCUUCACCUCGACGGGCGUGCAGACCCUUACUACGGCUCAGUACGCUGACGCCAUUGUCAACCUGAGGCCCGACAUUGUCGUCCCCAUGGCAGACCUCACCUUUACUACUGGCACGCCUAGCUCCAAGCGGGCGGUGCGCAUGGCCGACCGGACCGAGGACUGGAUGAUCAAACUCCGGAAACAGCUGGACGGCGGUGCCAAGUCGAGCAAGACCGCCAUCUUUGCCCCGACCCUUCCGAUCCCCCAUCCUAUCCAAUGGGAGUAUUUACGCUGUCUGAACGAGGACAUGGCAGGCUUCAUCAAGGGCUUGGCCGUCUACGAUGUCGACAUCCUCCCGGACCUUGCCGGCUACGAAAAACUCAACCAACUUCCCCGGCUAUCCCUCGACCUGCCCAACACACCACACCAAAUCCUGCGGCAGAUCUCCCUGGGUGUCGACGUCAUCCUCCUCCCCUUCAUCAACGCCUACUCCGAAGCCGGCGUCGCCUUCACCUUUACCCUCUCGACAUCAUCCACCUCGCAAAACUCAUCUUCAUCAUCAUCAUUACCACCACCACCACCACCACCAAACCCACCCACGACCCUCCUCCCUCUAGGCGUCGACCUGUCCUCGCCGGAGCACAACACCUCGCUCUCCCCACUCUCCGACGGCUGCACCUGCCCGGCCUGCGCGACCCACCACCGCGCCUACGUGCACCACCUCCUCUCGGCCCGUGAGAUGCUCGCCUGGACCCUGCUGCAGGUGCACAACCACCACGUCGUCGCGUCCCUGUUCGCAUCCGCCCGCGCCUCCCUGGCCGCGGGGACGCUCGAGGCGGACGCGGACCGCUUUGCCGCCGCCUACGAGCCGGACCUACCCGUCGGCGGCGGCGAGAGGCCCCGCGCCAGGGGCUACAACUACGGCAAGGGCCGCGACUCCGGAGACGCUCCGCCGCCGAAGCUUAACCGGCCCGCCUGGGGGAAGCUGGGCGAGGCGAAUGGUGUUGACCCUGCCGCUACUGUUGCUGCUGUUCCUGCUCCUAUGGAUUUGCCGUGA